AUGGCAGACAAUGCUGAGCUGCACAGAAUACUACUGCUACUGGCACUCAACACACUGCUCACUUCGCUAUGGCUCAAUUCGCCACCAAACUUCACCUGCUCGGGCCGUUCACUGAUGCUUCUUAUGCUUUUGAUGCUGCUCUACUUCUACUCUGCUGAGCUACAGACCCUUCUACUUGACUGGUACAAACGGAACAUUGUCAAGGGCGACUCUGCAUUCAUCCAUGCAUUACACGUCAAGAACGACGAACAAAUCAUUCGACUUGGCAAGAAUGAAUUCAGCGUUGCAGAUCCAGCCAUCCUGGACACCAUUUACAAAGACCGUUCCUUCCUCAAGAGUGAGCAGUAUGCUGCGUUUGACGUAGACGGCAAUGCCACACUCUUCUCUAUGCGUGAUCCUGCAGAACAUGCUAGACGUCACAAAGCUGUCGCACAUCUCUUCAAGUCUCCGCGAGUUGUGGCAAAGUACGGAAUGAUAGGAGAUCUUGCCAAUCGAUUUUGCGAUUACAUUCAAGAUAGCUUGGAGAAAGACUCUUCAGUGGAUGUACUCCAGUUCAUGCGUGGAUUCAGCGUACAGAGCAUCUCUCUCUUCGCUCUCGGUUUACCGCUUUGCGAAGUGCCUGAUGAACCGGCACUCGGCAAGCAAGUCGGUUUGUACAUCGAUGCAAUCAACAAGUCUGCACGUUUUGGUCGAUCAAGUGCAUUGAUUGUACGCUGGGCAGAUGCAUUGUCAGGCCGAGUACGCACCCUGUUGGGCAAAACACCUGGUCCUGAUGCAGAUACUGAGAAAGCUUUCUCAAUGAUGGACGCUUUCUGUGCGCGCGUUGCUCGGCAGACAGAGUCUGCGGCUUACCGCGACCAUCUCUGGCAAGGCAGCUCACUAGACCAUAAAGCUCUUGAAGCAGAAUUGGCUGACUUGCUCUUUGCCGGGACAGACUCCACUUCUGUUACGCUAAGUCUUGGCUUACACUACAUCUACACCAACAAGUAUAUCCUCGACAAACUCUUCAAUGAAGUACGCGACGCUGAUAUGUCAAGGUUGUGGCCGCUGCCAUACUUGGACGCUGUCAUUGAUGAAAGCCUGAGACUUGCAUUGCCCGUUCCAAGACGACUGCCUAGGGUUGUCCCAUUUGGCAAGGACAUCUUCUACAAAGAGGAUAAAUUGGAUGACGGCUGGGAAAAGAUCAUCCCGGCUACAGCGACUGUCGGUAUGAGCGCAUACACACUCCAUCGAAACAAGGUGUUCAAAGAUCCGCUCAAGUUUCAGCCAGAACGUUGGUUUACUCCAAAGCAAGCUGAUGGAGGGCAGCUCUUGAGCUGGGUCACCGAAUACUCUAAGAUGCGGCAAUGCUUUGUCCCAUUCGGCAAAGGCGUUCGUGCUUGUAUAGGGCAAGAAUUAGCUCGACAAGAGCUCCGAACAAUGCUGGCUACGUUUGUCAAGCGAUUUGAUGGCGAAUCCGUUGGCGAGCGCCCUCGCUGUGAUGACAACUUUAACGCCACGAUUCAAGGAUCAGUAGUAUUGCUCAAGCUACGGCGACGUUCUGCUGCAACAUGA